UGGUCAAGUCUGUUUUGCUUUGAGCGGAGGAGAGUGCGCGGUUUGUGCUGCUUAUGUUCGUGUCUCAGUCAUGGAUCUGAAUUUAUGGUCUCAAGAGAACAACUUCUGAAGACGGGCGACGAUCUGUAAUGUUACUUAUACUUGCACAUUCGUAAUAGGACAUUUACAAACGAGACAUCUGUGCAGUUUCUUGGACAAACGGUCCCGUUUUAGCGCUAGUGGAGAGCCAGGCUAACUCCGUUAGCCCGUUUGGCUACCGUUGAUGAACAAAACCACCAGCUAACCCGUCCAUUCCUGUGUAACCUCGGACUAAAUCAAGCCAAUAUGCAGGACUUAUUGGCUAACGUGGACCACAUCAAGUUUGAUCUGGAGAUCGCCGUGAGACAGCAGUUGGGCGCUCAGCCCCUUCCUUUCCCCGGCAUGGACAAGUCUGGAUCUGCUGUUUGUGAGUUUUUCAUGCGAGCAGCUUGUCAAAAAGGUGGAAUGUGCCCCUUUCGUCACAUCAGCGGAGAGAAGACUGUUGUUUGUAAACACUGGCUUAGAGGACUGUGCAAGAAGGGUGAUCAGUGCGAGUUUCUUCAUGAAUAUGACAUGACUAAAAUGCCUGAAUGCUAUUUCUAUUCCAAAUUUGGUGAAUGCAGCAACAAAGAAUGUCCUUUCUUACACAUUGAUCCAGAGUCCAAAAUUAAAGAUUGUCCUUGGUAUGACAGAGGCUUCUGCAAACAUGGGCCUGACUGCAGACACAGACAUACAAGAAGAGUUAUAUGUGUAAAUUAUCUUGUGGGAUUCUGCCCAGAAGGAAAGUCAUGUAAAUUUAUGCAUCCUCGUUUUGAGUUGCCAAUGGGAGCUUCAGAACAGCCACCUCUCCCUCAGCAAGGCCAAAACCUGACUAAAGUUGUUUCCAAUGCGGGUCGCUCGUCACUUUCUUUAAUUCAGUUGACCAACUCCAGUCCAGGUCCACGCACACAAAACAACAUAACAUCUGUGGCACAGCAGAGUAACAUGCUGGCCAGGGGCCCUCGGCCACUGGACCAGGUCACUUGCUACAAGUGUGGUGAGAAGGGACACUAUGCCAACAAGUGCACUAAAGGUCAUCUUGCCUUCCUGAGCGGGCAGUAGAAUCAACCUCAAUUCAGAUCUACGACAUCAGUGCAAGGCUGAUGGCAACAACUAAGUGGCAACAAACUGGCAUGUUUGAAAGACUGAAUACAUAACCAGGGGGCAGCAUGGUCUAUGUUAUGUGUUAACAGUGUGCCAGUUUUUAAAACCGGAUGUCUCUCUCCAUCAGCACUGAUAGUUUGGGUCUAACCAAUGUAAAUCUGAAAUUAAUUGCAGAGUCCUGGUUAACCAUUUGUGUUAACCGAUUUUCUAUUUAAUGCUUUCAGAAUUUCGUUUUACUUGAUUUUUCAACUGAAAAAUUCAGACAUUGUGUAUUAGCUGUUAUUUUGUGAGAAGUACAAAUAAACAAACUGGGACCUUUUUAGGGCAA